UCCCACAGCCAGGACAGGAGGGAGGGGAGCUGGAAGCGCGGCCGGGGAAAAUCAUCACAACACAGGGGGGACAAAAUUCAUUCUUUUCACCAUUUACCUCAUCUGGAGGAGAGAUGUUUACUCUCACUAUGUCUGCGGAAACACAAGCAGCUGCUGCUGUGACCAACUCGUGACUGCUUCUUCAAAACGUCCUGAGACAGCGCUGAGAGGCUGAUCGGCCCCCUGAGAAAGUCUCACCUGUGCACUCCGUGAACACUGAGCAGGGUAACCCAAAGGCCACGAGCAUGCCCGUCAACGACCCCGAGAUCAUACUGAGCUACCAGCAGCCAGAUGAGGAGGUGGUGGUUGACCAGGGAGGGACCAGCUCUGUGCUGAACAUCCACUAUGAGAAAGAGGAGCUAGAAGGUCACAGGACUCUGUUUGUGGGCGUCCGGAUGCCUAGGCAGAGCCAUCGUCACCACAAGGCCCACGGCUCUCGCCACCGCAAGAAAGACAGAAGGGCAGGAAGCGUCGCAACACAACAAAGCGAGGGAAGUGAGACAGCCACCUCCAGUCAUGACACACCGUCCCAGCGGGUCCAGUUCAUCCUGGGCUCAGAGGAGGAUGCUGAACAUGUGGCCCACGAGCUGUUCACUGAGCUGGAUGAGAUCUGUGUGAAGGAUGGCAAGGAUGCUGAGUGGAAGGAAACAGCCAGGUGGCUGAAGUUUGAGGAAGACGUGGAGGAUGGAGGGGAGAGGUGGAGCAAGCCUUAUGUGGCCACUCUCUCCCUCCACAGCCUGUUUGAGCUCCGCAGCUGCAUCAUCAAUGGCAGCGUGCUGCUUGACAUGCGUGCUGACAGCAUCGAAGAGAUUGCAGAUAUGGUGUUGGACCACCAGGAGGCGUCUAAGGAGCUGGACGACAGUGUAAGAGUAAAGGUACGUGAGGCUCUGCUGAAGAGACAUCACCACCAGAACGAGAAGAAGAAGAACCUGAUCCCCAUCGUCCGCUCCAUUGCCGAGGGAACCCGCAAACAGUCAGAGCCCCUUCUGACCGCAGGGUCAGCCACAUCUCCACAACCUCCACCAGCUGUAGAACCCGCUAAGAACGGUGCAGCACAGGACAGUUCCCAAAUGGACCUCAGCAAGGUGGACAUGCACUUCAUGAAGAAGAUCCCAGAGGGUGCAGAGGCCUCCAACGUACUGGUGGGAGAACUGGAUUUCGUGGAGAGGCCCAUUGUGGCCUUUGUCCGCCUCUCCCCUGCUGUGCUCCUCACUGGACUCACUGAGGUCCCCAUACCUACCAGGUUCCUCUUCAUUCUCCUGGGCCCAGAUGGAAAGGCUCAGCAAUACCACGAAAUUGGGCGCUCCAUGGCGACCAUCAUGACAGAUGAAAUCUUCCAUGAUGUAGCUUACAAGGCAAAGGACAGAAGUGACCUGCUGGCUGGGAUAGAUGAGUUCCUGGAUCAGGUGACAGUCCUACCGCCGGGAGAGUGGGACCCCUCCAUCCGCAUUGAGCCCCCAAAGAAUGUCCCCUCUCAGGAGAAGAGGAAGAUGCCAGGAGUCCCUAAUGGCACAGUCUGCCAGGUAGAGGAAGACUUGCAUCCUGAGUGCCAUGGGCCAGAGCUGCAGAGAACUGGAAAGUUGUUUGGUGGUCUGAUAUUGGACAUCAAGAGGAAAGCUCCAUUCUACCUGAGUGACUAUAAGGACGGUCUGAGCCUCCAGUGUGUGGCCUCCUUCCUCUUCCUGUACUGUGCCUGCAUGUCUCCUGUCAUCACCUUUGGAGGACUGCUGGGGGAGGCGACAGAGGGACGCAUCAGUGCCAUUGAGUCCUUACUGGGUGCAUCUAUGACUGGAGUAGCUUACUCUGUGUUUGCUGGUCAGCCUCUCACCAUUCUGGGCAGCACAGGGCCUGUGCUUGUUUUUGAGAAAAUCCUCUUCAAGUUCUGCAAGGACUACAACCUGUCCUAUCUGUCGCUGAGGGCUUGCAUCGGCCUGUGGACCGCUCUGCUGUGUCUGCUGUUGGUUGCCACUGAUGCUAGCUCUCUGGUGUGCUACAUCACUCGGUUCACAGAGGAGGCCUUUGCCGCCCUCAUCUGCCUCAUCUUCAUCUACGAGGCCUUGGAGAAGCUCUUCCACCUCGGAGAAGUCUACCCCUUUAACACACACAGCGAUCUGGACAAACUCACACUGGCGUACUGUAGGUGUGCAGAGCCUGAUAACCCCAGUAAUAAAACCUUAGAACUGUGGAGUGAGAGAAACAUCACAGCCUCUGCUGUAUCCUGGACCAACCUCACUGUCAAGGAGUGUGUCAGUCUGCAGGGCCAGUUUGUUGGGACGGCAUGUGGCCACCACGGCCCCUACACCCCAGAUGUUCUCUUCUGGUCUACCAUCUUGUUCUUCUCAACCUUUUUCAUGUCUGCCUUCCUCAAACAAUUCAAGACAAGUCGUUAUUUCCCCACCAAGGUGCGGUCCAUGAUUAGUGACUUUGCAGUGUUCCUCACCAUUGCCGUCAUGGUUCUGCUUGAUUAUGCCAUUGGAGUGCCCUCCCAGAAGUUAAAGGUGCCCAGCAAAUUCCAGCCUACCAGAGAUGACCGAGGUUGGAUCAUCAAUCCAAUAGGACGCAACCCAUGGUGGACAGUCCUAGCUGCAGCUAUUCCCGCUCUUCUCUGCACCAUCCUCAUCUUCAUGGACCAACAGAUAACUGCUGUCAUCAUCAACCGCAAAGAGCACAAACUGCUGAAGGGCUGUGGGUACCACCUGGACCUGCUCAUGGUCGGGGUGAUGCUGGCGGUUUGCUCCAUCAUGGGUUUACCCUGGUUUGUAGCAGCCACGGUCCUGUCCAUCUCUCAUGUCAACAGCUUGAAGCUGGAGUCAGAGAGCUCGGCUCCAGGAGAGCAGCCUCGAUUCCUGGGUAUCAGAGAGCAGAGGCUCACCGGCUUGGUCAUCUUCCUGCUCAUGGGCUGCUCUGUACUCAUGACUGGAGCCCUGCAGUUCAUUCCUAUGCCAGUGCUCUAUGGUGUGUUCCUUUACAUGGGAGUCUCUUCAUUAAAAGGCAUCCAGUUCUUCGACCGUCUGAAGUUGUUCGGCAUGCCGGCGAAACACCAGCCAGACUUCAUCUACCUGCGCCAUGUGCCCUUGAGGAAGGUGCACCUGUUCACUGUCACUCAGCUCACCUGUCUGGUGCUGCUCUGGGUCAUCAAGACCUCACCUGCCGCUAUCGUCUUCCCAAUGAUGGUGCUGGCUCUGGUUUUCGUUCGCAAACUGCUGGAUUGGUGCUUCUCCAAGCGAGAGCUAAGUUACCUGGAUGACUUAAUGCCUGAAUGGAAGAAGAAGAACCUGGAUGAUGCCUCCAAAACAAUGGAAGAGGAAUCGCAGGUUAUGCUCAGUAAAAAGAAGGAGGAUACAGCUGUUGUUCAGAUUCCCAUGGAGAGCAGCAAACCCGUUCAGACUCCCAAAGCACAUGACCCCAGGUGUGACCCCUCUGAUAUUAAUAUAUCUGAUGAAAUGUCUAAAACCACCGUGUGGAAAUCCCUCAACUCCAAUCAAAAGGACACUCGUCCUGUGGCUGCUAAAAAGGAUUGAUGGGAUCGCGUUCAUAGACGAUUAAAGGAUAUCCGCAGUCCUGACAGACUGUAGCUCUGGACCACAGGACGCUGCGAUUUGGCUGCUUUGACCGUCAGGCACCUCAGUGCUUAGAGAAACAAGUCUGGAUGAUUUCUACCAGCUACCUGCAACACAUAAUACUGUCCACAAACACACAGACAAAGAGAAGGUAGUACACUCUCACACACAUAGACAGACACACACAUGCACAUACCUUUGUGAGGACCACAAAUAUUUUUAAAACCUUAUGUCCUAAAAUUAAAAUCAGUGCUAACCUUAUCCUAACUCUGACUCCUUAACCUUCUUAACCAUUUAACCAGUAAAAUCUCUGAUCUCAACCACCAUCAUCUGCUGUCAGCUACAAGACAGGGAAGAAGUCCUUUAUGACACAUUUUGCCCUGUACACUGCCUUUGGCUUUCUAUCUUAAUUGUGAGGUUGGAGGAUGAAACUUCGAGGCAUUCUCUCCUGCAGCAGCAUCCACCAGUAAAAACUCAAUACUAGUGAAUAGCUUGGUUUUAAUUAAUUUGUAUCUGAUAAUGUAAUCUAGAGACACAUCCUGGAGCUGCUGCUCCUUCCACGGUGACAGUAAAUAAUGGAGGACACUGUGACAGCUGCUGGCAGCCCUGGUGAUUUCACUGAGAUAUGGGGACAUUGGCUGAUUCACACCUGAAAGCCAUCCAUUUAUUUUACACUCAUUCGGAUGUAACAUCUCAACAUGCCAGUCAGUCAGUAAUUCACAAUGUCAAUGGUCUGUCUACAAUGUCAGCCAAAAAGUCUGUAUGGUUUGUUUUCAGCACAUGGUGACACAGCUGUCAUUUGUCUAUAAAUAUUGACUUUACUGCCCAACAUCAUAAAAUAGCCCAUAAUAAAUUCCCUCGUAGGGCAGAUUUUUUAUUUAAUACUAGAGAUAGCCUUAAACUGAACCCUAGCACAGAUAUAAACCAGGAAUAUGCCCAUUUGCCAGUUUUGUUGAGUCAACUUUAUAGUUAUUUGGAGGAUGCAGUUUAUGGCACUGUUACAUUGUAGUGCAUUAUACUCACUGGUGUUUGUAUUAUUUUGUCCACCCCAUUUAAACUGAUAAAGACUGCAUUAGUUUAAAUGUAAUCAUUACACUCCUUAUUUUACUACUGUUUUAAAUCUGCAAUAAUUUGCAUUUUUUUGGCCACUUGGGGGCGACAGAAACAAGUUAUAACCCCAACAUGGAAAUAUUAUCACAUUUAAAGUUGAUACUGUGAGCUAAGUGGAUGCUUAUUUACACAUCCAGCAGAUACAGAGAAAAAUUAGCAUUCAUUUCAUGUUUCCAGCCUCCUGAUGAAUUUAAGUCACAUGUUUACUCUGCCUUUUGCUCACUUUUUGGUUUCUACGAUCUCCUGGGGGAAAUAACUGAGUCUUUAGUUGCUAAGUGGUCCAAUAUGUUCACCAGCUAGUUUGGUGCUGAGCAGGCAGUGUACAGUGGGUUUUUUGCUUAAGUAAUCUGCCUGUUGGAGUUAAAAGCAACACUAUGAGAGUGGUGAGGGUGCAGAGUUGGAUGAUAAGUUAUUAUCAGUUCAUUCCUAAAAGCGAUCCCUUUUGAAAACAAGUAAUCACGUGAGCCACUGUUGAUUAAAAAUAUAUAAAUUAUAUUUGCCUUAAAGGAGCUGUAUACAACAUUCUGCACAUCAUGAUUCAGGUUGUGUGCACAUGGUUCUCAACAUCGAGGUGGCUUAGCCGGCAGCUAGCAGCCAGCGGUGCUAACAGCGCAAAAGGCGCUAAUAACAACAACAGUGCUGACAGAGCUAUUGGUGUUAACCUGGGGGAGAACCGGAGGGUCUGUGUUAGCAGAAAUAACUACUGUGUGACGCAGUGCAGAGCCACAGCGAUGAACUAGCCAGUGGGAUACACUCACAUGGGCUAACAUGCACGUGCAGGCUGACCGUAACAACAAACAGAGAAGCUUGGAUUAUGACACACACACACAGAGGGAGGGUGACUUCAUUCUCUGCUCAGGACGGCAUUACUCCACUUUACCUUUACAUAGCAACAUAGUUGUUUGCUGCAAUGUUAAUGUUCUGAAUGUCACCUACAGCUCCCUUAAAGACAUUUGGUCCUCACAAAGAUAGACAAGCACACACACACACACACACACACACACACACACAUACAAACACACACUCACAUAACAACAACAACAACCUCUCUACUCCACUUUUUCACUCCAUCAGAGACAACACCCUGGUUUCACCCCUCCAGUGUACACUUGGCUGAGCUUCAUGAUAGAGAGUAAAUGCUCCUUUGAAAACAAACCAGUUUGUUUUAUUAAUCUAAGUAGGUCCAUCUGUCAUCAUUCCUUAAAUCUGCUAGACUGUCUUUUUAUUUAAUGUGCCAUGGCUGUGUACUUUUUCUAAUAGUGAUGAUAUGGUCGAUUAUUUGGUAGAUUUUAAAAAUACAUUGCAGGUUCAGUAAUACAUAGACAAAUCCUCUUUUGGGGCAUAAAACUUUGUGUCAGUUUUGUGUGAUGAUGUAAACUGAAAACUGUAAAUGUCAGAAGACCAACUUCAGCUGAAGCAGCAGCAUCAAUAACGUGUUUUUGAGAUGUAGUCUUUUUCCUUUUAUGGAUGUUCGUCUUUGAACUGAUGAUCAUAAAAGAUGGAGGUUGUUCUACAGAAUAUUUGUUGUGUUAGUACAGUGACUUAUUUCUUUACCUCAGAUGAGUUCAUGAAGGCUCCAGCAAGGGACUUUGGAUAAUGUCAGGUCAGGGGAAACCAGAGCAGAGAGAUAGUGUGUGUGAGUGUGUAUGUGUGUGUGUGUGUGUGUGUGUGUGUGUGUGUGUGUGUGUGUGUG